GACAGCCUCGUGUCCUAGAAGGUAUAAAUAUUAUCAAUGAAUUGCCUUAUUUGGUUACCAAGCUGUUGGAACGGCUUCCAACAUCAAUCCAACAUCACAUCAAGCUCGAAGUGGACGACAUCACACGAACCGAUGCCUAUUUAAACGGACUUCCCUUCAAGUACACUCUUUCAAACACCCCGCCUACCUUCACAAUGAACGGCACUACGAACAACCCAGUGACGCCGCGUCGCCAGACGUCACUUCUUGAGACGGGUCGCGGUUCCGUCUGGAACCUGCUAGCAGAGUUCCCCAGCCUUAUCCGAACAGAACCAGUGAAGUCGAAACCAAUGUUGUCUCCAACAGUGGCUCGUUCACAACCACGCAGACCACCACCACUCCAUCCUAAGGCAUUGUUUUUGUUCAACGAUCGAUCGUUUCUGCCGUGCCUUGAUGAUCGCAGUGAUAGCGCAGCAUCCGCUUUACCGUCCUCUGCGCUGACUAUUUCAACAUUUGCUGCCACAGCCAAUGUUCGGUCAACAUGGUAUGGCAGGCCUGCUCGAGAUUCCAUCACGGCAGAAGGAGAGAUGUGCCCGACACGUCACGAAUCAGUUAUAGACCUUUACGCUGAGCCUAGAUCACAUUGGUCAUCCGACUCCGACUCUGACAGCGAAGACGACAUCCCACUGUCCCCAACGUUCCUUGGAUCAUGGAAUCAACGCUCUAAAGGCCCUGACAUGACUACCAGACCUUCUUCGCCAUUCAUCGACCCCAUCCUCUCCGAAAAUAUUCGUCCUCCGGCUGCUGGUCGGCGGCCUGGCAGUGUCCUUGCAACGCUCUCACCCCUCUCGAAUCCAUGGCAAUCCAGGGACAAAUCCGGAAGUCGAUGCGAAACGCGAGACCCCCUUAGACCCAUUGGGCUCCAAGCUCUACCCAAGUCGGAGCAGAAUCCGGAUGGCAGUUGGAAACUCAUCGAUGCGCAUGGCAAAACAUACCUAAUCCCUCCCCUCUCGUCUCCCUCAAAACCACGCCCUUCGAACCCACCCGCCAAAGGUCCCUCAGCGGGCAAGCGAGCAUCGAACCCCCAACUACCCAAACGAAACGCUGACGAAGACGUCCGUGUUCAGUUUCGCCAGUGGCAAGGAUUCACACAAAAAUCCCAGACCGCGGCAUGAGGAAGCUUAUGAAAUAUCGGACGUGAAUGGACUUCAUAUUCAUGGCCUUUACUUGGUAUUUAUCGUGUCAUCGUGGAGCGCUCGUCUGUUGUCUGGUGACUGGAAGUCCGUUCUUUCUUUCUCAUUUAUUCAUGUAGCGAAGAUCUCUAUAUAGCUCUAUUUCGUUCUGCUUGUAUCCUUUCAUCAGAAUCCGAAUUAUAGGAUAUGUAUUUAUGCCAUGCCCCAGGCAAAUGCAUCAUGCAUGACAGUGCGCAAAUUAGAAUACAUCUGU